AUGGGCGAGUCGGCCUACAGCUUCUCGCUCACCACCUUCUCGCCCUCUGGGAAGCUUGUGCAGGCGUGCCGCGACUCCACAGCGCCCGGUUGGACGCGCUCGCCGCCCAUGCCCGCCGCUGCACGGAACCCACCAGCCUUUCCCGCUGCUCGUCGCCUGCAGAUUGAGUAUGCGCUGAACGCCGUCGCCACCGGCGCCACCUCGCUCGGCGUGAAGGCCAAGAACGGGGUGGUGAUCGCGACGGAGAAGAAGCUGCCCACCUGCCUGAUCGACGAGACGAGCGUCGAGAAGAUUGUCAUGCUCACCGAGAACAUCGCAAUCGUCUACUCAGGUUGA